AGAUGGCCAUGUGAUGAUGCUACGAAGCCCUUAUUCUGUUCCUCGGCGUGUUGGUCUUAUUUUCUUCCAUACUAGAUCCCCUAUAUGAGCAAUGCCUUCUCUCUGCUUUCUCCCCUUCACUUUCCUCAUGAUUAUACAGUCAUCAAUCAUGCGUCCAUGUAAUCGCGACCAACGGAGUUUUAUCUACCACUUGCAGGAGAAACUUGGCUUUUCUUUUCUUUCCUUUUCUUUUCUUCUUCUCGUGUCUUGGAAGUUUGGGACUAUCAACAGAACUCGCACCGUUUCGUUUUCUCGUCCGUUGUCUGCCUGUGUGUUUACAUUUAGGUUGUUUUUUGUUCGAUUCUUGGAUGGUCUCAUAAACAUACCUCCAUCAUCCCGUCCCAUCCAUACCUCAUCUUCCUGUCCUUAACCUUUUUGGUUUUGCUGAUUCAACCUGCCUGGCCCACCCAACUUACCUUACGGCAUUGCAUGGUUCCUUUAUCUACUUAUCUAUUUUAUUAUACCUACAUGAAAGACCCGAGUCUAUGUCGGAACGAAGAGAUGUUCUUUUUUCAUUCUAUUUUCAACUGCUCUGACG